AUGGCAUCCGGAGAUCCAGCAGAAAAUGAAAAUUCCGUAACAUUAUUUCUUAAAUAUAAAAAGGAAUUUGAAGAUGUUAUCUUAGAUAUUUAUAACAGGAUGCGUGGGGUACAAGGUGAAAAUCCUGGAAGGAAAUGUGCUCUAAUCGAGCAAAAUAAACCUAAUUUUGCUACACCAUGCCAAGAGGUUGGUAGAUAUUUAAUUGAAAUAAAGGAAAACUAUAAAUCCGAUAGCUUCAAACGUUGUAAAUACUUAAAUUAUAGGAUAAAUUCAGAUGAUAAUUAUAAUAAUUCAAGUUGGUUUCAGGGAUAUAGAGAUUUUUCGUCCAAAACAGGAAAUAUAUGCACAGACGAAAUAAAAAUUAUUCAUCAAGAUGUUUUAAAUAAACUUAAACAAUUAUAUAGCUAUUAUGAUAAUUUCAGCACAUUUAAUGGUAAAGACAAUGACUCCGAUGGUAAUAUUUGUGAAAGUGUUAGAGAAUGUUAUAACUUUUAUAACAAUAAUUACAAAGAAUGUCAACAAAAUAGCAAUGACCCUUUUUGUGAGGAGUUAAUCAAUUUUAAGAAUGCAUAUGAUGAUAAAAUGAAUAAAUUCACUCCAUGCGAAGGUUUGCCAAAAAUAUUACCACAAAUAGAACAAACUUCAACACAAAUAUUACCACCUACAGAAGAUGUAGAUUACGUAUUUGUUCCCAUUUUAACAACAUCUAUCUUUACUCCACUGAAAUCUUGGAUAUAUUAUCGUUUACGAAAAAAAAAAAUUAUUGAACUUAACAAAUUUCAAGAAGCAUUGAGCGAAUCCUUACAAAACCUUCAUGUAGUAGUAAAUAGGAAUUGUGAAGUAAGUUCUCAUAAUAUAACCUAUCAACCUCAAGGAGACACUUGA